UGACCACAUAUGACACGAAUCUGGCCAAUGAGAGGACGAUGGGGGCGUUCCCAUCGGCUUCAUUCUCCAUUGGUGUGCUGGACCACAACAAACAGCGACGAUACGACGAAUGUUAAGCAAGUAAAACCAAAAUCAGACAGCUGCAACUAUGGGCAAGUUCCAUUCUCACAUGGCUAACCCCAAAGACGAUAGUCAGGACUCGCUGACAACUUCUGGAGAGUACCAAGACGGGGAUGAGGAUGGAAAGAAUGGAGAUGUUUCUCAGUUCCCCUACGUGGAGUUCACUGGACGGGACAGCGUGACAUGUCCGACGUGUCAGGGCACCGGCCGAAUACCACGAGGUCAAGAGAAUCAGCUUGUGGCUCUGAUUCCAUACAGCGACCAAAGGCUCAGGCCGAGCAGGACAAAGCUGUAUGUGACAAUGUCAGUGGCCCUCUGCCUGCUGCUGUCGAGCCUCGCGGUUUUCUUCCUGUUCCCUCGCUCUAUUGAUGUCUCCUAUGUGGGAGUGAAGUCCGCCUACGUCUCCUAUGACCUGGACAAACGAAUCGUUUAUCUCAACAUCACAAGCACCCUGAACAUCACCAACAAUAACUACUACACCGUAUCUGUGACCAACAUCACAGCCCAGGUGCAGUUCUCCAAGACGGUGAUAGGCAAGGCCAAGUUGAACAACAGCUCGGUGAUCAUACCGCUGGAUGAGCGGCAGAUUGACUACACAGUUCCCACCACCAUUGCCGAUGAGAUGAGUUACAUGUUUGACUACUGCACCUUGCCAACCAUCAAAGUUCACAACAUAGUGGUCAUGAUGCAGGUGACGGUGACCACUUCGUACUUCGGCCACACAGAGCAGGUCUCCCAGGAGAUGUACCAGUAUGUGGACUGUGGGGGGAACACCACCUCCUUGCAUGGUCAUGUGCAGGUCUACCAAUAAAAAGAAACAGAAUAGCCCAGGCAUCAAAUACUACUGUAACUGAGGGUCUAACAGAUAAACAGGCUGACUUCCAACGUUGCAAAUCCUUGCACAAUGACAAUGAAUAAAUGCAUAGGGACAUAACUUUUGUUAAACUAGUCAGUGGCUCAUCCAUUCCCACAAUUCCCAACCACUUUCUUCCUUUAUCAGAUUAAAUGUGAUGAGCUUCUUUGGGUUUGAAACUUGUCAAACAAGCUGCUAAAUGUAGACAAGACAUAUGUUUCAUUAGUUCUCAAGGUUUGUUGUCAUUUUUCACGCAGGUGCAAACAAAAAAAGUCAUGUAAUUUAAUAUUCACAUAAAUGGCUAACAUUCCCAUCAUGUUCCUGAACAACUAAAUAACAGAAAGCAUUAGUUUCAGAUAUGAUGCACUUUAACUAGAGAUGCACCAAUCAUUCGGCCGAAACCAAAGUCCUAUUACCUGUUUUUUUGCUGUUUAAUUUACAAACAAGCUGCAUGAUGGUUUGGUUAUGGACACACACACACACACACACACCCCAUAUCUUCAUUAUUAAUGGUAAUGACAUUAAGUGUGUUAUUAUACAGAUACUCCUGUAACUUUGCGCAGUUUUGGAGAAAAGUUAGCUGAUUGUUAAAAAAAUGUAUCGUCAACAUUCAAUACAACUUCUACUUUCUCUCAGAAAAGUUACAAAGCUGUUUGUGUAUGCUGUAAAUUAUAGUUCCUGAUAGAAAGGAAAUCAAAUCAACAGGUCAAAGAAUGGAAAUCGGCCAAAAAACUUGCAGUUGGUGAAUCUCUAACUUUAACCUGGUCCAUAUCCAUAGAUAUUAAUGAAUGUAGACUGAGUAUCACCUGCUACUCUUUACCACUUUUAAUGAAAAACACAACAACCAAGGUACAAGUGGGAAAAAAAGCACUCCUAACAAGCUCCUUUUGCCCUCUUUACCUUCUCUUUUUUAUUUUGCUUUGUAGAAAUAUGAUUCUUUAUUUGUGUCGCACUACAUGGAUGGUGUUUUAUAUUGUAUCCGUUGUUAUUUUUGCUCUGAGUUCUUUUUCUUUAGAUUUGCUAUAUGUAGUGUAAGUACAGUAUUUUCUUAUGUUUAGCUAGCAUUCACCUGAGUGAUUUAAAAGCAAAGUGGACUACUGUGGAGACUGCCUCAUAUAGUUACAAGGUAACAAAAUAACUUUGUAAAAGAGAUUUAUAAAAUAAAAGGUGAUUUAUAGCUAAUGUGGCGCAUUAGAGUGGUCUAUAAAAAUACUGAGCUGUGAAAUAUGUCAUUUCUGUCUUGCUUCCUAACAUGAUAUAUCUGGAAUCAUUGCUGGUUUUGGAGCAAGUUCUUCCCUUUCGUUGUGGUUUUAUUUUUGUGGGCGAUGGUGUAAUUUGCAAUAAUAUGUUUAGUAUUUUAACACUUUUGAUUGGUUUUCUUUAGUUUCCUUAUGUCAAAUUUGAUCAUUUCAAUUAAAAAAAAAAGCUGGAAAUGUGAAUAAUUUAAGGUUUCUGAUUAUACAGCAUUCAAUUCCUGUUGUUGAUUGGACAGAUAUUAUACAAUGCCAUAAUGCAAGUUUUUCUAACCAUUAUUACAAUUUUUACAUUCAUCAGGAAUCUGCAAUCACACAUCCCUUCUUUAUGUUUGACGAGAUAAUGUACAUUUGAAAAACCUCUACACAGGGGUUCUGUGUUUUUCAUGCAUUAAAACGAAAUAAAAUCCUGCCUCAUUUGAAA